AUGGCGUUAGUCUUCCUCCUUCUGUACACGGACGUGCAGUUAAUCACUCCGCAGGAGCUCUUCGUCCAGUUGGUGGCUCGAUUUCGACCGCAGAAUAAAACCGAGCUCGCGAACGGUGGACAACCGAUUGUGGAAUUCCAAGGCGAGGACACAUGUUCUAUCCAGUCAAGCGAGGUCAAUGCUCCCUUCACGUUUGAUCGUGUCUUUGACAUGAAAUCGCGACAAGCCGAUAUCUUCGAAUUCUCGAUCCGUUCCACAGUCAGCGACGUUUUGGCAGGCUACAAUGGAACCGUUUUCGCUUACGGUCAGACCGGGGCUGGGAAGUCGUACACCAUGAUGGGUGAUAUGGAGGAUACACAAAAUAAGGGCAUCAUACCAAGGAUCGUGGAGCAGCUUUUCGCUGCAUUUCAAACCGCCCCACAGCACAUGGAGUUUACCGUCAAAGUCGGAUAUAUGGAAGUCUACAUGGAGCGUAUAAGGGAUCUCUUGAACCCGGCAAAGGACAAUCUAGCUAUACAUGAAGACAAGAUACAUGGAGUUUAUGUCAAAGAUCUUACAGAGGCAUAUGCAAAUUCAGCAGAUGAAGUGUAUGCGUAUUUGCAAAUCGGCCAAAGGUCGAGAGUGACCGCAGCAACAAACAUGAAUCAAGAAUCGUCGCGAUCACACUCGGUCUUCGUCAUAACAAUAUCUCAGAAGGACACAACAACGGGGACCCAGAAAAGUGGGGUCUUAUACUUGGUAGAUCUGGCCGGCUCGGAGAAGGUGGGCAAGACUGGCGCCAGCGGACAGACUUUGGAGGAGGCGAAGAAGAUCAACAAGAGUUUGAGUGCUCUAGGAAUGGUUAUAAAUUCCCUGACAGAUGGCAAAUCUUCGCACAUACCUUAUCGUGACUCGAAGCUUACGAGAAUCCUACAAGAGUCGCUUGGCGGUAACUCACGCACGACACUGAUAAUCAAUUGCUCGCCCAGCAGUUAUAAUGAUGCCGAAACAAUCAGCACGCUUCGAUUUGGCAUGAGGGCGAAGGCGAUCAAGAACAAGGCCAAGAUCAAUGCGGAGCUGAGUCCAGCCGAAUUGAAGAGGCAAUUGAAGAGUGCGCAGAACCAGGUGUUGAGCUUCGAGAAAUACAUGGCCCUGCUUGACAGCGAGCUUCGGCUCUGGCGGAAAGGAGAAACGGUGCCGAGCGAGCAGUGGGUACAACCUAUGGGUGCGGAGAGUGCUGCCAGGGAUCCGAAAUUUCCAGCGAUAGCAACUCCUUCAGGUCCGCGCAUGGACGCCAUAAGAUCGGAAACACCCAGUCGGCCUAGCUCCAGAAUAGGAGAUCGAUCGAGCACUCCGAGCCUUAUCACCGAGAGGGACGAAAGAGAUGAGUUCCUCCGAAGGGAGAACGAACUUCAUGAUCAAAUCGCCGAGAAAGAGACUCAAGCAGCCAAUGCAGAAAAGAGCCUUGCUGAGGCUAAGGAGGAACUCGCCAACCUUAGAACGACCAUGUCUCGCACUACGAAGGAUAAUAACUCGAUGGUUGAACUGCUAAACAGGGCGCGGAUAGAUCUGGAGAAAGUGUCCUUUCAGAGUAAAGAGGAUCACAUCACAAUGGAUGGUCUGAAGGUGGUAAACUCAGAACUUGAGGAAGAGCUGAAGUCGGUCAAGCAACAACUCCUUAAUGUUAGGAUGAGUGCAAAAGAAACAUCAGCUGUACUCGAUGAAAAGGAGCGUAGAAAGCAAGAGAGAAUGGCGAGGAUGAUGGCUGGACUUGAUCUCGGAUCGCAAGUAUUCUCCGAAAACGAGCGCAAGAUGCAGGGCCUCCUACAACAGGUAGACUCGCUGCUUAAGACAAGCGCACUAGGAGAAGUGAUCUCACCAGAUGAGCUCCAACACAUCAAAGCACAACUAGUUGAAUCACAGGGCUUCAUUCGGCAGGCGGAACUCCACAUGACCAACCGCAGCGAGGUUGACGAACUUCAAGACAACGAGCGAAUUGAGCUUGAACAGAAACUCUCGAAUAUCGAACGUGCCUACGAAGAAGUAUUAGAAAGGAAUCUUCAGCCUUCUGACAUCGAAGAAAUCAAAAGUCGUCUUUCAGACUCAUAUUCAGAGCGCAUGGAGACGCAGGCCCACCUCGUCGCUGACUUGCGCGACGAACUUAUGCACAAAACUCAAGAGAUUGACCGCCUUCGCCAGUCAGCUUCAAACCGGCAACAACAUCAACAGUCGCCACCUCCUCCGUAUCAAUCCAACGGAUUAGCGGCGAAUGGCACACCUACGAAAUCUGUCGCCCAGCAAAUAUCAGAAUUCGAUCUCAUGAAAAAGUCCCUGAUGCGGGACCUUCAGAACAGAUGCGAGCGGGUUGUCGAGCUGGAGAUCUCUCUUGAUGAGACACGACAAGAAUACAAUAAUGUCCUGCGUAGCUCCAACAACCGGCAGCAGCAGAAGAAGAUGGCAUUCCUGGAGAGGAAUCUUGAGCAGCUGACGAUCGUGCAGCGACAACUGGUGGAGCAGAAUGGGAAUCUGAAGAAGGAAGUGGCGAUCGCGGAGCGGAAAUUGAUUGCUCGCAACGAGAGGAUCGCUUCGUUAGAAGCGCUGCUGGGUGACAGCCAAGAGAAACUUACCGCAGCAAAUCACCGAUUUGAAGCUCAGCUUCAAGCCGUCAAGGAGCGGCUCGAAGCCGCCAAAAUCUCGGCACGGAAUCUCCCCACCAGUCAAGGUGGGAUGGCCGCUUCGUUUCUCGGUGGUACAACGUCGCGGAUAGCGAAGCCGUUACGUGGAGGUGGAGGUGGUGGUGGUGGGACGGAGGGUGGUGGUGUUCCUGCCCCCCUGAUGAACGGUGCACCGCCCAUACCAUUUUUCUCCAGUGUGCAGAAGCAGGAUGAUCCCCAUCCCAGCGGUGGUGGAGGAAAGCGUACUAGUUGGUUUUUCCCAAAUCGGUGA